GGGGGAGAAAAAAAAGGAGGGAGAAAGAAAACGGGGACAGGGGGGAAAGGCGAGCCAAAAAACCCCCAAAACCCCAGACCCGGAGACCCGCUGAGACUCCCUCCGGCGGGUCCCUCGGACAGGCUUGGAUGUUGUCGCUGUGACCCGGGCGGGGCAGGAGCGGAGAAGGAGGCGGCGGCGACGGGGGGCAGCAGCAGCAGCAGCAGCAGGCGCCACCACCACCGCCGGGCCAGGCCGGGUUGGGUCUCGCCGGGCCGGACGGGAGGAUGAAGCGCCGGAGCGCCGACUGCAGCAAACUCCGGCGGCCGCUGAAGCGGAACCGCAUCACUGAGGGCAUCUACGGCAGUACAUUUCUGUACCUGAAAUUCCUGGUAGUUUGGGCCCUUGUGCUGCUGGCUGAUUUUGUUUUGGAAUUCAGAUUUGAAUAUCUGUGGCCAUUCUGGCUUUUCAUCAGGAGUGUUUAUGAUUCCUUCAGAUACCAGGGAUUGGCCUUUUCAGUAUUUUUCGUCUGUGUAGCAUUUACAUCAAAUAUCAUAUGUCUGCUCUUCAUACCAAUACAGUGGUUGUUUUUUGCUGCCAGCACGUAUGUUUGGGUACAGUAUGUCUGGCACACAGAGAGGGGCGUGUGCUUACCAACAGUAUCGCUGUGGAUACUAUUUGUUUAUAUUGAAGCAGCAAUUAGAUUUAAGGAUCUCAAAAACUUUCAUGUAGACCUUUGUCGACCUUUCGCUGCACACUGUAUUGGCUAUCCUGUUGUGACUUUGGGCUUCGGCUUCAAAAGUUAUGUCAGCUAUAAAAUGCGAUUAAGAAAACAAAAGGAAGUGCAGAAAGAAAACGAAUUUUACAUGCAGCUUCUUCAGCAAGCUUUGCCCCCGGAACAACAGAUGCUACAAAGGCAAGAGCGAGAAGCAGAGGAAGCAGCCAAAGGAUUGUCUGAUAUGGAUUCCUCUAUACUUUUGCAACACAAUGGAGGCAUUCCAGCCAAUAAAAAGUUAUCUUCAACAUUACCGGAACUUGAAUAUAGAGAAAAAGGAAAAGAAAAAGAUAAGGAUGCCAAAAAACAUAACCUUGGAAUAAAUAACAAUAUUUUGCAACCUGUAGACUCUAAAAUACAAGAAAUUGAAUAUAUGGAGAACCAUAUCAACAGUAAAAGAUUGAAUAAUGAUCUUGUGGGAAGUACAGAAAACCUCUUAAAAGAGGACUCAUGCACUGCAUCAUCCAAAAAUUACAAAAAUGCUAGUGGAGUUGUGAACUCCUCACCUCGCAGCCACAGUGCAACUAACGGGAGCAUCCCUUCUGCAUCAGCUAAGAAUGAUAAAAAACAGAAAUGCACUAGCAAAAGCCCCAGUGCGCAUAAAGACUUAAUGGAAAAUUGUAUUCCCAAUAACCAGCUAAGCAAACCAGAUGCACUGGUAAGGCUGGAACAAGAUAUUAAGAAGUUAAAGGCUGACCUGCAGGCAAGCAGGCAGAUUGAACAAGAGCUGCGCAGUCAGAUUGGCUCUCUGACCAGCACAGAGCGGGGGAUUCGGUCUGAAAUUGGACAGCUCCGACAAGAAAAUGAGCUGCUUCAGAAUAAACUACAUAAUGCUGUGCAAAUGAAACAAAAAGAUAAGCAGACCAUUGGCCAAUUGGAGAAAAAACUCAAAGCAGAGCAAGAGGCACGAACCUUUGUAGAAAAGCAGUUGAUGGAAGAAAAGAAAAGGAAGAAGUUGGAAGAAGCAACUGCUGCGCGGGCUGUUGCAUUUGCUGCUGCUACCAGAGGGGAAUGCACUGAAACUUUACGAAAUCGCAUCAGAGACCUGGAGACAGAGUGCAAGAAGUUAACGAUUGACAUAAAGCUGAAAGAAGAUCAGAUACGAGAUCUAGAAAUGAAAGUGCAGGAACUGCGGAAGUACAAAGAGAACGAAAAGGAUACAGAGGUGUUAAUGUCAGCACUUUCAGCCAUGCAGGAUAAGACACAGCACUUAGAGAACAGCUUGAGUGCGGAGACGAGGAUCAAGUUGGACCUGUUCUCUGCAUUAGGAGAUGCAAAAAGACAGCUCGAGAUAGCUCAAGGGCAAAUAAUUCAAAAGGAUCAGGAGAUCAAGGACCUAAAACAGAAGAUAGCAGAAGUCAUGGCAGUCAUGCCCAGCAUAACAUACACUGCGGCCACCAGCACACUGAGUCCUGUUUCCCCACAUUACUCUUCCAAAUUUGUGGAGACCAGCCCUUCUGGACUUGAUCCCAAUGCCUCAGUUUAUCAACCGCUGAAGAAGUAAAGACCAGCUUCCAGUUUGUCACACGGAAGGCAUCACACAGAAAAAUAUCUUGCAGUCAAGAUGAAAUUUGUAUUGUGUGAGACUGUAUUGAUUUAUUGUUUAAAAUAAAAAAAUAAAAAAGAGGGAAGUGGGGGGAAAGAACCUGAACAUCAAGGUUUGGCUAGAACUGCCCAUCAGUUUUUUCUUGUAAAUUUUUAGAAAACCUCACAGAACUUUAUACGGUUUCUUUCUUGGCCAACGCAUUAAGGGAAAAAGAACCCACGACUCUUGGUUUUCACAUAGCAAAUUCUGCCUCUCUUUUUUCCCCCAAAAAGAACACCUCUUGUAAGGUUUCCUCUUGAAAGGAUAAAUUAACACAGAGCUCCGCUUGAUACAAAACCCUUUCUUCCCAUUUAAAAAAAAACAUAAUGAAGCCAAAAUUACAAAUUAAGAGUUCAAAGGAAUAAUGAUGGAAAUUCCUUAGGGUUUUUUUUUUUUAAGGGCAAGAGGGUUUAAGUGCUCAAGCAAAGCUUUUGAUGAUGUUAGUGGAUUGUGAGGCAGAGGGAUGGGGAAGCGCAUGUGCAAGAAAUCUAUUAGCUUACCCCUCUAAGGACCAAACCAUAUUUAAGGGGGCAUCAGUUUUAAGGGAGGGCAUAAGGAUUGCAGAAAGGGUGUAGACAAUAAUGUAACAUUGGUGGUUGUGUAAAGUGUUUAGUUUCCCAUCGGUGUAUUUAGUCACUUGAGAACUGCUAACAGUCUUGUUCAACAGUGCCUUGGGGAAAAAAAGAUAUUUCAAGAGGAAACUCGUUCAUUUAAACAAUUUUCUCCCGCUUUCACUAUCAUCUAGCUUGUAAUGCCGAGCUCGUUUUACAGAGUCUACUGCAGAUCGUACAUGGUAAUUUAGGUGCCCGUUGCAAUCCUAGUUUACAUCUCUUUUUUGUUUGUUUGUUUUGGGUACAAAAUCCAACAGUGUUCACAUGGUUAGGAUAUGCUGUAGAGGGCUCAGUAGCAGCAGAGGGAGUGUUUUGGUGAAGGCGGAACUGUGCAAUGUACUAUAUACAAGAGACUGUCAGGUUGGCUCAAGAACACGGCAGUUUGCAGGGUUUUCUUUUUUAAAAAGUCAACUGCGAUUACGCUUUAUAUCAUCUUGUGUUUGACAAUUUAAUUUCAAUGGGGCUGACAAAAUCUCAGCAGUUGUGCCAAGGAGCUUUUUUUAAAAAAUAGUAAUUUUUUAAAAAAGAAACUCAUAAAAUUGCACAAAGAUUUAAGUUUAAAUGUAUAUUGUGCAUUGGUAGGAAAGUGUGUUGCACUGGCGACUUUCAAAGUGUUUAAGGUUUGGGUGUGGGUGGGAGGGGACAUGGUGGGAGGGGUACAAAAUCGUAUUAGUAACUAGCAAAAUUAUAAAAAUCAAACCAUUAUGAUUUUGCCAACAUGCAGUGGACUCUGGAAGGACAAAGUUCUUCUUUAAAAACAACAGCAAUUUUUAAAGUUUCAUAUGAAUUGGCAAGUAUGCCUUGUUUUAAAAAAAAUUAAGUAGGACAAGCAAGUCAAUAAAAAUAGUAUUAAAAUCCAUCAUUUUAAAUCAGAUUCUUUUGAGAUAAAAAAAAACUUCUAGCUUUAGCCAGGUGUGCAUGUUGCUGUCAUUUUGCAUUUUUGAAUCAUCUUGUGUAAUUGUCACCAUGAAAGUGUUACUCAGAAAUGUCAUAGGUUUUCAUCUUUGUGCAAAACAUGGACUAUUGUCACUGACUUUUUUGUGUUGAGGUUCCCCCAUUUUUUAUUUUUUUAUUUUUAUUUUUUUGCUGCCCUUUGGGCACAACUUUUGUUGAAAUACUCGGUCUUGGCUGCAUUCUUUUUUUUUUCUGUGGGGUUUACAAAAAAUAAACAUUUUCUUGCAGAUAAA